AUGAAGGUUAAAAAUGCUUGCCAAGUACUAAGUCAACGGGUAGCAGCAAUUCUACAUUUUUUAGCUUCAAGGAAAUUAAUGGAUGUUACGGCAAAAGAUACAGCAGAUAUUUGUUUAUUUUUUGAUCACAUUUUUGAUUCUGUCAAUGGUAACUUCCACAGAGUUGUUGAUGGAAAGGUGUAUCGUACGGCUGUAACAAAAAAUUCGCCCCACCACCAACUAUGGAGAAAUGCAAUUAAAGUGAUGCAAACCAUGUACUUUGUUGACAGUAUAACAAAACAGAAAUGUAAACCUCAGCCUCYUACAGUUAAAAAUUGGAUACUAACUUUGAAAGGAUUUCAAAAUGUAGUCAAAGUAAUGGAUACUAAUGGUGUGCAUUCUCUACUAUUAAGAAACUUCAAUCAAGAUCCAUUGGAGAAUAUGUUUGGUGCUUUGCGUGCUCUAGRUUACAGGAAUAAUAAUCCUAACURCCAGAUGUUUGCAAGUUCAUACAGAACUCUGGUCUUGAACAAUUUCCUGUCAAGUCACUCGCCUGGCAGCAACUGUGAAGAUGACCAAGGUAAUAGUGGGCUGAUGUCAUUUCAAACUUUAUUUGAGGCUYACUCAAAUGAAAUGUUCCAAGCAGAG